AUGGAGGUCGCUAAUAUGUCCGCCAUAUCGGAGGCGUUGCAUCAAUUGUAUGAUCCACUGAGUGUACCACAAGUACGAAGACGUGCUGAUGCAUUAUUACAGCAGUUUCAACGUUCACCUGAAGCUGCACAGACGGCAUUAUCCAUUUUACAAGCGCCGAUUAUUGACACGGGAAAUGCUGAGUAUUUGGCGUUGCUGCGGGUCCAACGGGCGUUUUUAGCAUCAACUCUUUACUUUACAGUGGCAUCAAGCAGUUGCAAGGAUAAAGUAGACAAUGCAACGAAUGGGGCGCUUGAAGAACGAGCUCAACAUGAGGUUCUUGUAAAAUAUUAUGAACUGAUGGCUCAGGAAAUCUGGACUGUAUUGACAGGACCUAAUGGAAUGAAGGAAGAGAUCGAUGUACAGAAGUAUCUGGCCCUUGCAAUUGUUGGUAUCUUACUACGCUUCCAUGAGCCACAAAAUGGCACGACUGUAGUUGAUGCUGUGGAAUGGCUUGUUCACAGCCAAAGGUAUCCAGCUAAUGACAAUGUGACAAGUAUACUAACGAAUACUGCCGUGCUGCUGACACUGAAGGUCAUUCCAGAGGAAGUUGACAAUAAACGCGUUAAAUUCUCCAAAGCCAAACGUGCACAGUGUGAAGAUAUGGUGCACGAAUGUGCAGCACACGUGGUGCUUACGGUUCUUCCGUCGAUUGCUGCCGCUAUUGAUGCAAGUGGAGAGCAAUUACAAGUGCGGGGUCUCUUGUUGCAAGCUUUUGCGAGCUGGGUGGAGCAUGGCACAGUGCCCCCGGAAGUUUUCAUUGAGAGUGGACUCUUGGACCGAUGUUUUCGUGAAACGUUGGUACCAACUCUAUCAGUGUACGCGCUGCAGGGUGUACACGAAGUGGUGCUUGCCUGUCGUCACUACGAACAUGUGCAGCUGAUGGAGCUUGUUAUGCACAAUUUUGUGGUGCUACGAAAGCACGUACAAGAGCAUAUGGCAGGAUCCCAAAAAAGCACAGACUUUUGCCUUAUUGACUGCGCGAGAGCAAUAUCUGACUGCGGGCAGGCUUUCAUCAUGUAUUUUGUAGACUACAUGUUGGAUAUGCGACCUGGGUCUUUGGUGUAUGAAUUCCUGGACACGAUAUUUUUUUUCACCUCGCUGAAUGAUCUCGAUGUCUCUAACGAAACGAUGAAAUUUUGGAUUCAUUUUCGCACGUAUGUAUCUGGCAAGCACGAGCAGCGCAUGUACGAGUUUGAAUCCUUCGUCUCACGUUUACUUGUUAUUCUGGUUGAGCGAACCAAGUAUCCGGAAGGGUUUGAAUUCUUCCCGGAAACUGCAAAGGAGCGCUUUCACCUGUAUCGAAGCGAAGUACGCAACGUAUUUCGCGCACUUGCUACAGUCUCCAUAGCCAGCGAGGACCGAUUUAUUGUGGAUGCUAUUCACGCGAUCUUCCAACAGUAUGCAUCCGCCGAUUCGGGAGCUCCUUUACCAUCCAAUUGGUGGCAAAUCACAGAAGUAUAUGUACACGCUCUUAGUGCGUUAUCAAAAUCGAUUCGCGAGGACGACACAUCUCUCGUUCCAAGGCUGUUUGAGUACUUGUCGCGAAAGGAGCCUUCUCACCGCGCACUCACGCGCACGGUAACCAUCUUCCUUGGUGUAACUGGCCAUUGGUUUGCGAGACACCCUAUUUAUUUGUCGACCUACGCGUUUAAAAUUAUUUCCACUGGCUUCGAGCUCUCCCUGGACGAUCCUGGAUUUCCGUUUACUCAGUACGGCCUAGAAGAUCACGUAGCUGCCGUGGCACUGCGUAAAUUGACGCUUCGGUGUGGCUCACACUUUUUUACCCCGCAAUGGAUGGAAGCGCUGGUGAGCCUGUACCGCUUAAACUGUGCAGCAGUAGGCGGGUCGUCGAGAAAAUGUUUUUUGACAGGAAAUAGCGCAGAGCUUGUGGUGGAGUCAAUCUGCCAUGUCCUCGCCACAGUAACGUACAAGGAUGCCCUUUCGGUGGUAGACGAGCUUGGUGCCAUCAUGUUUGCGAACCUUGCAUCGCGUUACAGCCAGGUAAAUGCAGACGACAGAGGCUCAGUAGAGUUUUUGUGCGAGAUGUUCAACCACCUCAUCAUGUUAGCUACAAAGAUUCCAAUGCAGAUGAAUCAAGAGAUUUCACACCCUAUACUCUGUGUGCUGCAAAAACAGUGGGGGGUGCUGGAGACCAUUUUGCGUUAUGGCUGCUGUGAAGAAGUCGUUGAGCGAUUCUGCGCACUUUUAGUAGGCGUUUUUGAGUCUUUGCGAUCCCAAGCACUGGAUUUGGCAUCUACAAUCGUGCCCCCGUUGCUGGAACAGUUUUUGCAGAGCCUUGACGGUAGUUACCUUGGUGUGAUCAAAAGCAUUAUUGGUUGUGCUGGCGACGACGAGGCCACAGCAGUUAGCUUAACUCGCGUGAUGGUUAUAGUCAGUGAGAGCUCAAUAAGCAAGAUCACGGUAGAUGGCAGUGUCGAUGAACAUCCGAGGCUUGUAAUUGCGCUAUUUUCUUUGGUGGCAACGUGCGGCACGCACCAUCCAUCGGUUUUAGUCCAGUCAAACCAAUUGGAGGGUGUAGUAGCACUACUAUUUCGUGCUUUCAAGUCGCAGAAUCCUGAAGUCAGAGUUGCAACUCUAGACUUUCUGCUUGAGUUGGGCUUGCUGUCUGGUCAGAUUCUUCGCACUCCAAAAGACUUGCUGCAGGGGUCCGAAUUUGCUGGCAAGAUGUUGCUCUACCAGCAAAUCCAGACGCUGUUCUUUGAAAAGGACGUCCAGUACCAUGUGCUAUUAGCUCUGUUCACUGCUGCAGCAGGAAGUGUGCCGCCUAACUUAAUGGAGAAAAUAGCAGAGGUUGUACGGUCUUCCUGGACCUACUUCGGACGACAACGAAGCGAAGAGCUUAUCCAUCGGCUUCUAUCUGAUAGCAGCAUUUUGGGAUCGCAGGUCAACAACCGCGCACGAUCUGAGUUUCUCAACUUCAUUUCCACACCAACUUGCAUAGAAAACCCGCGCAAGUUUAAGCGAGUACUCACGGCGUUCUGUGGUCAUUUCAAGCGUAAUCUUACUGAAAAUUUGAACGGGAAUGUGAUGUCUUCAUAA